UACUUCUUCCAAUCAUUGGCCUUGUGUCACAGCUGUUUACCAUUUAUUUGCUGACAAAACAUAAGCACGCUCAAGCUGUAAAUCGUUUGGUAUAAAUACCCGUGGCAUCAAAGACUGAAGACAUUAUCCACUUAGACAACAGCAAUAAUGAAACACUUUCUGAUCUGUGCUUUGGCUGCUCUCGUCCUCAUUCACGUCGCCUCGGGGUUCAAAAUCCGUCGCGUUGUCUAUGUGGUACCAGUGACUCCAGUCCCCUCAACAGCUGCAACAGAUACCUCGUCUGUUGCGCCAACAAUAAGCUCAGUGGCUCCACCGACGGUGAUUUACUGCUCCUGGAAGAACAAUUGGUGUCGUCCCGCCUCGGACUCGGUGCGGAAGUGCAAGUGGGGCAUCUGCAAUUACACUGGAUAAAAAUGUUAACAAUAAUUGUAACAAUUAACCCAAAACGUUAAUAAAUAAUCAUCAAACAUAUUGUAG